AUGCCAAGGCAAAUGAAGAACAGUAUGCAUCCAGUGACUCCCAGAUUUCCACAACCUCCACAUCUUCCUCUUUGUCAUCCUCCCACUCUUCAACCUCAGAGGAGGAGAGAAAGAAGAAAAAGAAGAAGAAGGAAAGGGAAAAAGACGGGGAAGAAAUGGAAGAAACAGAAACGGCCAAAAAGGAAGAAGGCAAAGUCCAGUAAAGACAAAGGAAGACGCAGAGGUAACUGGGCUGUGCAAUCAUGACCUUUUUGGUGACCACAACACACACACACCUGCGCUCUUUCCUAAUAACUUGUACUUUUGCUUUAUAGUAUCAACUUAUUUUUAAAUAUUAGAUCUUUCAGUCUUUUGUUAGUUUAAAGGGUACAACCGUAUUAUGUAUUUUGGUGUCAAAAUGCCUGUUGUAUCAAGAAAAACUACAGAAAUGACAGCAGAGAUCUACAGCUACAAUCGUAGGUCUGCUAUAUCAAAUUUCAUAAAACGAUUUUUCUCUUUGUAUUUUUCAUUUCAGCAACGAAUCCUCAGCAGGUGGUUGAGGGUUACAAGAAGGUGCUGGGUCACUUCCAGAAGGGCAAAAAUCUAUCUGAGACCUACAACGCUGUGGACAUCGACAGAAACACCAUUACAACCAGCGGCUUCAUUCCAGAGCUCGCCAUAUCCGUACCAGAUAAAUAUGCUGACGUUCUGCAGGGCUAUUCUAGAUCGUAG